CUAGAGUGUGUCAAAUUUUCCUGAAACAUAUUUGUAUUCUUUAAAUGAACUAGAGUGAGCUACAUAGAAGCUAACGAGCCAAGAACCUCCAUUUUCUCUGUAAUUUUCAGAGAGCGCGAGAAAGAAAGAUGACAGAAAAGGGAGUAACGGCCACAGACAGAACCGGGUCGACCCGAAUAUCUGUACUUAGUAAGCAAGCGAGAGGUGAUCCUCCGAGAAAUGGUUUACCUCGUUGACCACGUGUCGAGAAAUGAGUCACUGGUAUUUGAAAGUUGACUUUUACUUUACAUAGUCACCAAUCAAAUGUUUACACGUCAGCAACCAUUGAGGCCCCAUAUUUACAUCCUGAACCCUUGCGCUGCGCCUCUCUCUCUCUCUCUGUCUCUGGACCUUCGAAACCUAAGCAACGCCUUCUCAUGUUCUUCCCGAUCAUCUAAACCAGGAUCGGUCGUAAUUUCAUGGAGUUUGGGGUCGAUGGAGAUGUCAAUGGAGAGAUUUUGCGGAAUUCUGUCGAGGUUGAGAAUAGUAGGGGAGGGGAUGAAAAUGAAACUGGUGGGAGUUCUGUUGAAGGGGCAUUCCAACACGAUCAUGAUGAAAAGAUGAACCAAGAUUCUCCUGAUGGGGAUAUGAUACCUGUAGGAGUUCCUACUACAUCACUGGUUCCAGCCGAUGAGCCUUUUGUGGGGCAGGAGUUUGAUUCUGAAGCAGCUGCCCAUGCAUUUUACAAUGCAUAUGCCACGCGCAUUGGUUUUAUCAUCCGUGUGAGUAAACUUUCUAGGUCAAGGCGAGAUGGAACUGCAAUUGGCCGUGCACUUGUUUGUAACAAAGAGGGGUAUAGAAUGCCUGACAAGCGUGAAAAGAUUGUUAGGCAAAGGGCAGAGACAAGGGUUGGCUGCAGGGCAAUGAUUUUGGUGAGGAAAGUAACUUCUGGAAAGUGGGUUGUGACGAAAUUUGUUAAGGAGCAUACUCAUCCUUUGACGCCUGGAAAAGGCCGAAGGGAUUGCAUUUAUGAUCAAUAUCCGAACGAGCAUGACAAGAUCAGGGAACUAUCCCAGCAGUUAGCCAUAGAGAAAAAGCGAGCAGCAACUUACAAAAGGCAUCUCGAACUCAUAUUUGAGCAUAUUGAGGAGCACAACGAGAGCUUGUCAAAGAAGAUCCAUCACAUAGUAGAGAGUGUGAAGGACGUGGAAACAAAAGAGCAGCAAGGUCAUAGAUAGUUUCAGGUGAUUUUUGAAGCUUCUUUUAGUCUCAAUUGAUGAAACACAAAGUCAUCAGGUGACCGUAUAGAGCUCGCUGCUGUGGAUGAAGGGCACAUUAGUAUGAUUCUAUAACACUCUAAUGCUUCAUUACAGGUUUAGGGGUAUUCUAGUCAAUUUCUCUAGUGUCGAUGUUUGGACCAGUGCCAUUCAUUAUAUUGUCAUUGUAUGACUAUGCGCCAUUGUGUAAAAGAAAUGGUGUGGUAGGGGAGAAAUUAGGUUAGUCAUGUAUAGAUCCAUUGAGCCUAUUCAUGGGCAAAAAUCACUUAAAAAGGGAUAUAAAAUGUCCCAGGGGUAUUGAAUUCUUCAAUUGUGUUUCAUGUGGGAUCCAUUUCUUUCUGCUUGUAUAGAAUGGAAUUUUGUUUUUGUUUUUGAUUUUAUUUUUCCAUGAUUAGAACCCUCCUAUUAAUGUGUCUUAAUAAUGCACCGCUAAAAUAUUUUAAUACAUCAUGUUUAUUUUUAAA